GUUCACAUCACCUUUAGAGAAGGGAGGAGGAAGCAACGCCAGCAGCGCCUCCCUUUACAGGUAGCUCCGCUCCCAGUCCGAGGUGAUCCUCAGGGCGAAACGCACCGUUUCUCGCACAGACCCCACACACGGCGAACAUGACGGAGUCGGCCGAGGCCGCGGCGGCGGACGUGACCAGCAAGCGAAGCGUCACCAUCGAAAUCUCCAACCUCACCGGCAACUACUGCCUCAUCAACCCCAGGGUGCACCUUGAGAACGGGGACACCUACAACCCGCCGCAGCCCACCGUGCGCCCCAUGAAGACCGAGGUCUGCACCUUCACCAAGGCCAGCGGCAAGGCCACGGGCAGCGUGGGCGUGCUGACCUACGACCUCUUCGAGCGCUCGCGCAACGACUUCAUCGAGACGCUCGCCGUCAUGUUCUCGGUGCCGUGGGACUACAACCUGUACAAGAACUGGUUCGCGGUGGGCGUCCACAAGAAGGGCCGCGCCUGCGACAAGGAGCUGUACAAGGAGAUGUAUUACGAGAAGAAGCAGCAGGAGCACGGGUUCGUCCGCGAGGAGGCCGUCGGGUCGGGCAUCAAUUACGUGGGCGACUACCUGGAUGUGAAGGCCACCAUGUGUCCCAUGGGCAAAGCCAUCAUGAAGGUGGAGGUGUGGGAUAAGCUUUUCACACCCGUGGGUCAGCAGGCGUACUAGUGUGUGUGUGUGUGUGUGUUGGCUUAUAAAGACAGGAGGUAAAAUCCCCCCCGUUAAUAAUCACGAUGAUCUCUGCUUCAAUAGCGUUUGCCUUCUUAAAAUGGUUGAAUAUGGAAAUAAAAGGAUGAGUCACUGGAGGAGGAGGGCGCGCGGCUCAAUAAACACACACUGAAGCUG